AUGUGGACGAGGCCCAGAGGUACCAGAUGCUGGAUUUGGCGCUGCAACCCAUCCAUCCCGAACCCCUGUUUGUCAUGGAGGGAGUCAGGUCUCAUAUACAAGAUGUCCGUCAUUAUGAACAACACCAAGGUAUGUCUCCUAGAGAAGAUUCGCCUCACAGACAAACACCACAUCGGAUACGUACAUUCCAUGAAAGUCGAUGAAAUGCACCUUUUCGUUACGACCCAAGAUGCCCUGUUCAAGUUCCCGGUUCAGAGAUGCCACGAGUUUAAAACCAGAUCCGAGUGUAUAAAUUCCUAUGACCCGUACUGUUGGUGGGUGGAGUCGACAUUCACCUGCUCUGCCAUUGGUCACAAAAAUGUUACGUCGUGCCCUGCAACCAAUAGCAGAACGCCUAAUUGGUCGAAAUGGUCACCGUGGCAACCUUGCGUCCAAUCAAAAUCAAAAUUGCCCAAGCCCUCGUCAACAAUUGACCAAUGCCAGUGCAGAACCAGGUCAUGUGAUCACAAUGGGCUAGAUCGGAUUGGCUGUGAUGGAGAGAUGGUUGAAAUAAACAACUGCUCUACGUAUCCGUUUCAAACAAACCACGCCUACAAGCAUACCGUCCACCAGUGGCAAGCCUGGACUCACUGGAGUCAUUGUUUUGGAAAUUGCGCCAAGAAGACAGACGGCACGAGACAGAGGACGAGAACAUGCCUAAACAAACUGACCAAUAAGAUUGAGGAACGUGGCUGCUAUGGAAACGGUAGGGAGGUGGAGAAGUGUGACUUGAGGUUGGAGUGCAAAGAGGUAACCAAAUACAGCGAUUGGUCGGAAUGGAUCAGGAAGAACCCUCCCACCAGCACUGCUGACCAAUCAGCAAUCAGGUCAGAAUCAUCUACGGAGGAAAGUUACAGAUGCAAAUGUCAAUCAACCUUAACUGACUCCUCCCAACUCAGGGUCAAGCUGUAUAAAAUAAAAAGAACGAAAUGCAAUCCAGAUGAUGACCAAAACUGUUCAGAUAUAAAAACUAACGAGACUCUAACACCAGCAAGCAGUAGCAACAAAAACUUGAACAACGACAACAACAACAACGUCAUUCCACACCUGGUGACAACCAACGAGUCGCCACCCCAAUCCCCACCUUACCAUUGGUCCUGUUGGUCCAAAUUCACUCCCUGCUCGCAAAGUUGCGGUCCGGGAGCCGUUAGGAGGAGAGUUCGGACCUGCCUCACUGGGUACCAAGAUAACGAUCGGAAGUGUUACCGUGGCAACCGCAACGAUGAUGGCGCUGACGACGACGAUGAUGCUGAUGACGAUGAUGAUGAUGAUGAUGGGGCUGGUGAUGAUGGUUAUGUUGAAAAUAUUGUCAGCAGAGACGACGACGAUGAUGAUGUGAGUGAGAAAGAAAGUGGAAAGUGUAGGGGAAAGUCGAUGGAUGAGGAGCCCUGCCAUCUGUCGAACUGCAGCGACACGAUUGAGGAUGGGUUGAACAAUUGGCUGCCGUGGGAGGCCUGCAAUCAAGAUGGCGUUCAAGUGCGCCGGAAGUUCUGCUCCGACGACGAUACACAGGAAAUAGUGAUGUGCAAUGAGCAGCAGAUGAGAAUGUGCAGAGAUGGGGAUAACUUGCAGGAAGAUGAUUGGUCCAGUUACAACCAAUCACAGAUCAGGGUUUUUAAAUCCGAUAGUAGCCAAUCCAUUUUCAUUUCCAUUUACUACGUCAUUCUAGUGGGCGUGGUCAGCUUCGUCGUUGGUGGUCUGAUAGUUUGCGUCAUUGUUUGGCGGCUGAGGCACUCAAAAACCUUCGACAAAUCACACACCAGGAAAUUUUUAUCAACCGACCAAUCAAAUUUUACUUACCCCACUAAGCUGCUAUUGACGUCAUACAUGCCGUCCAAUGAGAAGACCAGCUCUUCGUUUCAGCUGACCAAUAAGAAUGAAGAUAACGGAAAGGCUGCUUUUGAUUGGACGAAUUUCAAAAACUUCGAAAUUGGUUUGUUUAAAAAUGGCGGAUUUCGAGCCACGCUCACAACCAGCAACAAUACCAGCAACAGAAGCAACUGCGGCAGCAGCAACAAUUUCAACAACUGCAACAAAUUUUGUUGCUGCAACAUAUUUCACCACAGCACGACAAACAUUCUCAACAACAACAACGUCAAAAACGACAACAAACUGCCAACCAAUCACAGCGAAGGUCAAUAA